AGUAAGGAGUGGGGGGGACUGGAACCCUUUAAGCUGUGAUGAAGAAGUACAGACCUUGGGGAAGUAUGAGAAUCCUUUGCAGAUGGUUCGGGGAGUUGUGGCUGUUUACUUAAGGGAAUCCUGGUGGUCCAUUGAAGACAUCCUAAGAACUUCUGAUCCCACACGGGAUGGGCUCAUGAAGGUUCAGUCCUUUGGGGAAAGGAUUGUUCUUUUUGUUCUCAACGCCAUUGUUUUCGGAAGACUGGAGAGAAGGCUGGACAGCGAUAACAUGUUUUUCUUACCUCACCCUGCAAAGGAGCAAGCUAAGAUUCUGUGGAAAGAUGGAGCCGCAGUUGGAUUUUACUCAAUCAAGAUGAAAGGCAGCCUCUGUGGUGAUGGUACCAGUGCAUGCUACCUGUUGCCUGUCUUUGACACCGUGUUUGUGAGGAGGAAGAACCGUUGCCAAGGCCUGGGGACAGCCAUGCUGAGGGACUUCUGUGACACCUUUCAAGGAGAUGAAGCCCUGGGUAUCAGUUGUCCGAUAUCUCCUGCAAUGUAUAAAGUCCUCAGGGAGUUCCUGUUGACCUGUCCAGGAGAGAGAGGGCGCUUGUGGGAGGUGGAGCCCCCGGGGGCCUGGGGCCAGCGUGUUAACAUCUGGCUCAAGGUUUAUCUUCAGGAGCGAAGACUUCAAGAUGGGAGCACAGUGCACCCUAAAUGUUCUGAAGAGGACACAGACACUGCCAGGCAGACUUCUCAGAAGGAUGGACCCACGCACUUUAAUCAUGGAGAAAGCCACAAGGAGUGGAUCGUUGGAGAACCGGAGAGGACACAGAAUGACCAACGAUGUGUCAAAUGAGAAGAGGAAGCUUGGAUGCCCCUGAGACCCUCUUGGGAUGAGAUGGAGGGGAAGGGAGCCAAGAGGACAGUGGCAGUCUCUGGGCUGGUUGGUGAGCCAAGGCAGAAGCGUGUGAGAAAGUGAAUUAGGUGUGACCUUGACCCCUAACUCCUCAGAGGUCUGUCUGGAUUCUCCAGGAUCUGAGCCUGAGGGUUUUAUGUAGCCGUCUAUGGUCCUGAGGAUGGCAUCCAUUAUCUCUGCUUCCCCUUGUAGGCUCUGGAAUAACAGAGUCUGAAGAAGCUAAAUAUUCAAUGGCAGCCACUUUUGCAAGCCAACUAUUGGCAGGUCCAAGACUUUAGCAUCUCAGUCAUUAAAACUCCCAUUGCUUCCACUCCCCAGGAGUAUAGGAGGGAGGUGCCUGAGACCAUGUGAACGAACGCAUACCCUUUCCCUUAGUGGAAAUGGGCUCAGAGACUAACCAUGGUACCAAACAUCCAUGUUGUACAUUCAGCCCUGUUGUAAUCUUAGAACUUGUCACCAGAGUUUUUCAGGGAGACAGAUUUCUUCUCUGGGGGUUUGUCAGUCACUUCAGAGCCCCUUGAGGGCAAACACCAGGGCUGGAUAAUGUCAACUAUGCUGGGGCCAGAUGAUGGCCACUGUGGGCCUUGCACUGCAUUAGACCCAGUAUACUGCCUAUGUUGCCUUCAAUGCCUUUGGGUCCAGAUGUCUGGAUCUGUGGGAGGAUUUCUCCCAGAGAAAGCUGGCCUGGCACUUUAUGUUCCCUGAAUGGUCAAACAUAUAUGCUGUGGGACCUGAUAUUCAUCAAAGCAUUCAGCUCUUUGCUCAUUUCUCCAUACAUACGCACAUGCUCGCAUGCAUGCAUACACACAUACAUCUCUCAUUUUCUCUCUCUUCUGUUUCCUUCACCUCUUCUGUUCCUCUC